AACGACGGAAUGAUCCAGACUAACGUUUGAUGCGACACCGGAAAUCGGGAUUCGAACCCGAAACAACCCGAAAGUCCAACCAACCGGGUUAUUUGUGAAUUCCGAAUAUUCUAGGUAUUGAUCUCACAUUGUAUAAAUGGAAACAUAAGAGAACCAGUUUCGUGAUGUUACAAGUCAUUGGUUUAUUGACCCUCGCCGUCACCACCUGCCUGGGGGCCACCGAGGGUCUGUCUAAAGAAGAGAGAGACCAGUUCUACAACAGCAAUGAAUACGGAGGGAUGGUCAGCCUCACAGAACACGACUCUUAUUAUGUCGUUGAAUCAAACGGACUUCCAGACCAUGAUACACAACAAAAAAAUAAGAAUGCGGCCGAAGCCCAAAACUUCCGGUUCACGUUUAACAAAGAGAUAGAUUUUGCCUGCACUCCCGGAAGUCUUCCGAAGGGACCGAUUGCAAUCACCAAAACUGGUGUCGCCAUCUACAACCCUCUCAGCAGUACUGACGAAAAUGCUGUGGAUGGCGACGGGGCGGAGAGAUUCGACCGAUGUCAUGGUCACUCUGACAGAAAAGGCAUAUAUCACUACCACCAAUCACCAGGGGCAGAUAACUGUGGCGUCACGUUCACAGCAGAGCCAGACCAAUUUAUCGGUGUUGCCCUAGACGGUUUCCCUAUCUACGGGCCUUACGCCUCCGACAAAGGAGGAGAAGCCUUGACCUCAGCUGACCUUGACGUGUGUCAUGGCCGUAUGUUGGAUGGGAAAUACCGAUAUCACUUGACCUCUGACUUUCCUUACGUAUUGGGAUGCUACUGGGGAGCUGGUGCGAAAGACAACUCUCCGAGAGUGUCGUAUACUUGUGACCCGGAAGUCGGCACAGACCUACCAGAUUUGGGAUACUUAUGCAGUAACGUUGAACAAAGAAACGUGGACGCUGUCGUCUGUAACGAAUAUCCUGGAACAGCGGAAGUGACGACAAACGAAGAUGAAAUGGAGGCUCGCAACAUGGUUACGUCGCCCCCUAUGGCAGCGCCAACUAAACAUACUAAACGCCCACAUCCCAAAACUGGAGAACUCAAACUCCGAGAAUACACGCCCAGCCCCCUCCGGGGAAAAAAUGGAGGACUCAGACUCCGAGAAUACACACCCAGCCCCCUCCGAGAGAAAAAGGGAGGACUCAGACUCCGAGAAUACACACCCAGCCCCCUCCGAGAGAAAAAGGGAGGACUCAUACUCCGAGAAUACACGCCCAGGCCCCUCCGAGAGAAAAAUGGAGGACCCAAACUCCGAGAAUAUACCCCCAGCCCCCUCCGAGAGAAAAAUGGAGGACCCAAACUCCGAGAAUACACGCCCAGCCCCCUUAGAGAGGCAUACCUCAAACGGUGGCUUAAAGAUCUUCUGGAACGAUCUACUUGAAGACAUUGGUCGACUAUUGGUAUAUGAUUAAAGAUAAAAUGAAAUUUUUGAAUGUAGAAAUAUCUAGAACGGACACGUUUCUUCGUUGUAUUUGAAUACCACACAUCAAACUGUAACACACGAGUUAUCUGUCUUUACUGUAACACACGAAUUAUCUGUCUUUACUGUAACACGCGAGUUAUCUGUCUUUACUGUAACACACGAUUUUUCUGUCUUUACUGUAACACACGAGUUAUCUGUCUUUGGGAUCUUAAAUCAAAUGGUCAUAAUUCAGGAUUAUGUUGUAAUUACUUAUUAGCUACUGAGUGAGACUACUUCCACAUGUAAUAACAGACAGAGACAAGUUUUCAUUGUUCAAAUACAGAAUAUGCUAUAAAUAAAUUGUUAAAUACAUAUC